GUAUUUACUAAGUACUUGUACAUGUCCACGUCAUGCGGUGGAAAAUUUCUAAUAAAAGUAAACGAACCCAAAAUUAGGGUUCUUCUUUCCUAAUUUUAAACCCCUCCUUUUCUCUCUCUAUUUAUCUCGAUUUCUUGCUUCUUUUUUUUCUCUCUCUUAAUUUUUCAUUCAAUUUCCUGAUUUUCCCCAAAAUCUGGAAAGAAAAAUCAUCGAAAAUUGAAGAACAUGCCCCCAAGAACGAAGAAAGCGGCGGCUACUCCGGGGAAGAAGACGACAAGAACUUCCCGAACUCCGGCGAAGUCCGAUGAUGUUAAAAACGAGGUUCUUAGGGUUGAAAUUAACGACGAUAACGUUAAAGUUUCUGAACAAAAUUAUAGUAUUGAUAGCUCAACGGAUCUGAAUGUUGAGCCUUUAUCUGAGUCUAAUGGAUCCUUUCUUUUGACAAAAGAAGAUGAGGUUAAAGAGGAUGAAUAUGAAAAAGAUGAACGGUUGGACCUUGAGGAUAACGAACCAGAAUAUGAACCAGAAGAGUAUGGUGAUGGAUAUGAUGAGAAAGAAGUUGACCAGGAAGAUUUCCAGGAGGAAGAGGACGAAGUUGUGGAGGAAGUUGAGGAAGGUGACCUAGUUGAAGAGGAGGAAGAGGAAGAGGAGGGAGACAUGGCUGAGGAGGAUAUGGAAGAAGUUCCAGAGGAACUGGAGGCUGAAGAAGACGAUGAGCAUACUGAUGCUGGUGAGGGCCAUGGCCAUGAGCUUGAGCAUAAGCAUGAGAUUGACCAUGGCCAUGAGCAUGCUGAACUGUUUGAUGCUGCAGAAGAACGUGAACACCAUGAACUUGUCAAAGAGAGGCGUAAACGUAAAGAAUUUGAAGUGUUUGUUGGUGGUUUAGACAAAGAUGCUACUGAGGAGGAUUUGAAGGAAGUUUUUAGUGUUGUUGGCGAGGUUACUGAAGUCAGGCUCAUGAUGAACCCUCAGACCAAAAAGAACAAGGGCUUUGCAUUCUUACGCUUUGCUACAGUUGAGCAAGCAAAGCGAGCUGUCUUGGAGCUUAAAAAUCCUGUGGUGAAUGGGAAGCAAUGUGGUGUCACACCAAGUCAGGACAGCGAUACCCUUUUUUUGGGUAACAUAUGCAAAACAUGGACAAAGGAAAAAUUAAAAGAGAAAUUGAAACUUUAUGGAAUAGAAAAUAUCGAGGACCUGACGUUAGUGGAAGAUAGUAACAAUGAAGGAAAAAAUAGAGGUUUUGCCUUUUUGGAGUUCUCCUCCCGUUCCGAGGCCAUGGAUGCUUUUAAACGUCUUCAGAAAAGGGAUGUUUUACUUGGAGUUGAGAGGCCUGCAAAAGUUUCUUUUGCAGAUUCUUUCAUUGAUCCUGGAGAUGAAAUUAUGGCCCAGGUCAAAACUGUGUUUAUUGAUGGUCUUCCUGCCUCAUGGGAUGAGGAUCGUGUCCGUAUCCUACUUAAGAGUUUUGGGGAAAUUGAAAAGGUUGAACUUGCUCGUAAUAUGCCAUCUGCGAGAAGAAAGGAUUUUGGCUUUGUUUCGUUUGACUCUCAUGAUGCAGCAGUAACAUGUGCUAAAAGCAUUAAUAAUGUAGAAUUGGGUGAAGGAGAUCACAAGGCUAAAGUAAGAGCCAGAUUGUCCAGGCCAUUGCAGCGGGGUAAAGGUAAAAACCAUCCCCGCUCUGAUCAUAAGGGUGGCCGUGUGGCUGGGCGGCGUCCCAGAGCUCCAUGGAACCGUCCAUUACCACGUCCCCUUCCUCCUCGUGUAAGGGGACUUGCUAGCCGGGCUCCCAUUGCUGUUGGUCGUGGCUUGAAGAGGCCUGCUAGAGCCAGGCCAUUGCCACCUCCACCGAGGCCAUAUGAUAGAAGAGCUCCUGCUCCUCCACCACCCAAGAGUAGCUUGAAGAGAGAUUAUAUCAGGAGGGAAGAGCUCCCUCCAAGGAGCAGGGCUGUGGCAGAAUAUGGGUCUAGGUUGCCACCAGAAAGGCGUCCAACUUAUAGGGACGAGUAUGCUGCCCGUUCACCUGUCUAUGCUGAUGUGCAUAGGAGCAGUGCAUCACGCUCUGCAACUAGGAGACCUUAUCCAGAGGAUAGUUAUGCCCCAAGAUAUGAAAGACCACCUCCAAGUUAUCGUGAAGGGCGUCCACGUGACUAUGACUCUGUUUCUGGUUCUAAACGCCCUUAUAGUGCUAUGGAUGAUGUCCCUUCACGAUACACUGAUCCUGGUCAUAGUAUUCGCCAUUCAAGGGCACGUGUGGACUAUGACAUCCCUUCAGGAAGCUCUCAGUAUGCAGAUACAUAUGGUGACAGAAUGGGGAGAUCCACUGCGGGAUAUAGUGGCAGCAGCAGAAGUUCAAUCUCUGCUCAGGAUUCUCAUGGCAUUUACAGUAGUCGUCAAGGAAUGAGCUAUAAUGUUUCUUGUACAAUAGGUUCAUAUGGUGGCAAUGAUGGUGGUAUGUAUUCAUCAAGCUAUGGAAGUGAAUAUCCUUCUCGUGGAUCCGAUGUUGGUGGCAGUUCUUACUCAUCGCUGUAUUCUGGCCGUGGUGUGAGUGGUAGUGGUUACAUGGGAGGUGGAAGUUCUGGAUCAUAUUACUGAGUUGAUUGGUUUUAGUACUGUGAGGCAGCAAAGACACCUUAAAAUUCUCAUCUUUGCUGAAGCAUCAUGCAUUAGUAUUGCUGCUUCAACAGUUACAAUUUUCUUUUUACCUCUAUGUUUAUAUGAAGGCGGCCAGUAAGGUGAUGUGGGGUUAUGCUCUACUAGUGUAUUUCAUUUGCAAUAGUUACAGUUGUCCUAUUUAAGGCCGAGUGAUGAUAAGAUCUUGUAUUGUUAGUUUAGCAUAGCACUUUAGGUAGGUUUAGAGGCAAGAAAUUCUGUUUCAAAAUUUUCCUGCAAGGAAGCUUGUGUUUUGAUGUAGUUACAAGGCAAGAAAUGAUUUAUACAUUAGCAUUAAUGUUAUCCUCUUUCCUAAACAAUCUGUUGUAAAGAGUUGUUCUCAGGCCUAUACACAAACCCUCAGGGAGGAGAUAGAUGUAGCCACCAGUUGGCUUGG